AUGCGCUACACGAAACUGGGCCUGGGUCUGGUGUCCUGCCUCUUUGUAGGUGUGGGCCUCUGGGCACUGUGGAUAUUUUCUGAGAACUGGCUGCCAGUUUCCUAUGUCUCCUAUUACCUUCCCUGCCCUGAGAUCUUCAAUAUGAAGCUGCAGUACAAGGGAGAGAAGACAUUCCAGGCCAUGACACAGUUACACUACCCUCAACCCAAGCUGCUGGAGCAGAGGCCCACCAAACUGCUGACACUCACACCCUGGCUGGCACCCAUCAUCUCGGAGGGGACCUUCGACCCAACGCUCCUGCAUAGCAUCUACCAGCCGCUGAACCUGACCAUCGGUCUCACCGUUUUUGCCGUGGGGAGGUAUGUCCACUUCAUCCAGCACUUCCUGGAGUCGGCUGAGGCGUUCUUCAUGCAGGGUUACCUUGUGCACUACUACGUCUUCACUGACAACCCGGCUGCCAUCCCUCGUGUCCCCCUGGGCCCUGGCCGGCUCCUCAGCGUCAUCCCCAUCCUGGGUUACCCCCGCUGGGAGGAGAUCUCCAUGCGCCGGAUGGAGACUAUAAGCCAGCUCAUUGCCAAGAGGGCACACCAUGAGGUGAACUACCUCUUCUGCCUUGAUGUGGACAUGGUGUUCCGGAACUCAUGGGGCCCGGAGACCUUGGGGGACAUGGUGGCUGCCAUUCACCCAGGCUACUAUGCUGUACCUCGCCAGCAGUUCCCCUAUGAGCGCAGGCGUGUGUCCACUGCCUUUGUGGAUGACAAUGAGGGAGACUUUUAUUAUGGUGGGGCAGUUUUUGGAGGCCGAGUGGCCAAAGUGUAUGAAUUCACCAGCGGCUGCCACAUGGCCAUCCUGACAGACAAAGCCAAUGGCAUCAUGGCGGCCUGGCAGGAAGAGAGCCACCUGAACCGCCGCUUCAUCACUCACAAGCCCUCCAAGGUGCUGUCACCUGAGUACCUCUGGGAUGACAGGAAGCCCCAGCCACCCACCCUGAAGCUGAUCCGCUUUUCAACACUGGACAAGGAAACCAGCUGGCUGAGGGGCUGA